AUGUCACUUUCAACAUCUAUUCUCAUUCAUAAUCUGGCCAUAUUCUCUUUCUUUCUUUCUUUUUCUACUUCUUUCUUUCUUUUUCUACUUCUUUCUUUCUUUCUUUCUUUCUUUCUUUCUUUCUUUCUUUCUUUCUUUCUAAUUCUCAUUCAUAAUCUGGCCAUAUUCCUUUCUUUCUUUUUUUUUUUCUUUUUUUUUCUUUCUUUCUUUCUUUCUUUUUCUUUCUUUCUAGAUUCUCAUUCAUCAUCUGUCCAUAUUCCCUUUCUUUCUUUCUUUUUCUACUUCUUUCUUUCUUUCUUUCUAUCUUUCUUUCUUUCUUUCUUUCUUUCUAGAUUCUCAUUCAUCAUCUGUCCAUAUUCCCUUUCUUUAUUUUUUUUUCUAUUUCUUUUUUCUUUCUUUUUCUACUUCUUUCUUUCUUUCUUUCUUUCUUUUUCUACUUCUUUCUUUCUUUUUCUACUUCUUUCUUUCUUACUUACUUUCUAG